CGCCGCCGCAGAGCCGCCGCCGGGGCGCGCCGGGCAAUGCCGCGCCGGGCCCGGGGCCGCCACCGGGGGCCCGCGAUCGCCGCCGCCGCCGCCGCCGCCCUGCCCCGGCGCCCGGGGGAGCCGGCCGAGGAUGGUUCCCCCACCACCUGUCAGCAAGCCCCACGUGUGCCUCUCCACCGUGCUCAUCAUGACCAGCCUCGUCCUCAUGGAUGCCUACCUGGUGGAGCAGAGCCAGGGCUCCAGGAAGCUGGGUAUCUGCGUGAUGGUGGCGGUGGGCGACGUGUGCUUCCUGCUGGUGCUCCGCUACAUGGCCAUCUGGGUGGGGGCGGAGGUGAAGACAGCUAAACGCGGCUACGCCAUGAUCCUCUGGUUCCUCUACGUCUUUGUCCUGGAGAUCAAGGUCUACUUCGUGUACCAGAACUACAAAGCCGACCGGAAGAGCCUGGAUCUCAUCGCCCGCAAGGCGCUGACCCUGCUGCUCUCCAUCUGCAUCCCUGCCCUCUACAUGCUGCUGGUGGCCACGGAGCACAUGGAGUACGUCAGGACGUUCAAGAAGAAGGAGGAUCUCCGCAACCGCCUCUUCUGGGUCAUCGUGGACGUGCUGGACGUGCUGGACAUCCAGGCCAACCUGUGGGAGCCCCAGAAGAAGGGUCUACCCCUUUGGGCCGAGGGCAUCAUGUUCUUCUACUGCUACAUCUUGCUUCUGGUCCUCCCUUGCGUGUCCCUCUGCGAGAUCAGCAUGCAAGGGAUCGGCAUCAUGCCGCACCGGAUGAUGCUGUACCCCAUGCUGAGCAUGCUCACCGUCAACAUCACCACCAUCUUCAUCCGGGGCAGCAACAUGCUCUUCUUCAGGGACGCCCGGGUCUCCAGCAUCUUCAUGAGCAAGAACAUGCUGGCCAUCGGGCUGAAGAUCUGCACCUUCGUGCAGUACCAGCGGCACCGCCAGCACGCGGCGCUGGGGCCGGACCCGGCCCCGCAGCACGGCGCCCAGGCCCAGCCCUCCCCAGCGCUGCACAGCGCCCGGGACCAGCCUGCCUGCCCCGAGGAGCUGACCCAGGACAACACGUGACAAGCCAGCAGCAGCCAUAGCCUGGGCACCGCCGUGCCAGGCCCACACCUGCCAACCCGAGGCGGGCUGCUGCGCUCCCCGCCUGGACAGAGCGCACUGACUCUGCUCCUUCCCUCCCUGGGUGAAGCUGCUCCUAUCCCCACGUGGUGAGGAGCCUCUCAGAGCAGCUUCUGUAAGGCCUCAGAACACUUUGGGACCUCAGCACCCACCAAGUGAGACAGGCAGCAGAGCGGAGGAAGAGGCCAGGUUUGCCCAACGUGCUGUAUCUGGCUGGGGCUGAGCAGCCUUAUCCUUGUGCCAGUGCUUUCUUUACACCCUCUGGCCAGCCAGGGCUCAGGCCAGGGGGCUGCACAGGGUCACCCACCACACUGUUGUGGUUGGACCUGGCCAUUGGAGGUGACCACCCUUUUUCUUAUCUCCCUCUUUGCAAUAAAAGACCUGAGCCCUGCAGCCUCCUUGUAUCUGUGUCCCUGCUGGCAGGCAGCUGGGUCCCCCCAGCUCCCAUGGGCGCCUGGAUGUCCAUUUGCAGAGUGAGUCUGGGUUGGGGGACUCAGUGAUUGCUUAGGUCUGGGGAGAGCAUCCCAGACACCAUUCCUCCUGGUUAGCAGUUGGAAAAAAAGAAGCAGGUCCUUCUGAGAGCCUGGUGGGCUCUGACGGUGUCAGCUGGGGAGUAUCUUGUGACAGCUUUGUCAGCCACCACUGCCUAUGCAACCAGCUGCAGUUACAUCAUCUGGUGCCACUCCACUUGGAGGAACACCAGGUCUGGCCUACACACACUGUGGGAACUGCAUUAGAAACAGAAGGAGAAUCAUAGAAUUGUUUUGGUUGGAAAUGACCAUUGAGUCCAACCAUCAACCCAACACCACCAUGGCCAUUAAACCAGG